AUGCAAGACAAUUCCCCGGCACGUACUAGGCCAAAUCGCAGAGUACAUGUUCCCCCCCCACGAAUCCCACGCCCCAUCUCAAGAACACAGGCCAAGCACGUUCUUGUGAGACUCACAUUACAUGGCCACAGCCAUGAGUUUGAAGAGUUCAAGAAGGCAAUUGAGGAUCUUCCCGAUAAGAUGAAAGUGGAGGUGACAGACGCUUACGAAACGGACAAAUCCAUCUUCAUCCUUCUGAAUAUGACAUGGGAGACAUGGGCAAUGUGGACUAUGGCGGUGGAUCUCGAGGUUGUAGGAAUCACCCGUGGCCCAUCCUUCGUUCGUCAGGCACCACCACCACCACCACUAAAAGAGCUUCCGGUUGGAGCAUUUGGCACUGAAAAUCGACGUCCCGACGGGAGAGCACAACCUGAUAUGAGCAGCGCCGAGCCACUCCCUGUGGUAGAUCCUGCACUUCAGACUACCAUUACGACAACACUGCCAAGUCUUAUUUCAACUCCUCACCAGCCUGAUACUCUAUCAGUGUCACAAUCAGAUAAUAUUAGCACACUUCGGGCUAUGCCCCCAAAUCAAAAUGAACAAGCCCUCGGCGUCACUGAGGCACCAGCUCCAACCCGACGUCUCCCAUUUGUGGCACAUCCCGAAGCUGCGGCGUACGAACAGACAGAAGUACCGGCGCAAGAGGAAUUCAAGCUCUACUGGGAUAGUGUUGACAGGGGCAAUCACCAGGAGGCGAAAGGUUUCUGGACCGAGGUUACUGACUUUUGGGAUGAGGUGACCUCUUUCCCUGAACUUCAAGGUGCCACCCCCGAACUGUUCAAGAGCAAGCCCCGGCCAAUUUCUCGAAAACGCCAGAAGACCCGGGCACCACGUCCUCAGCACAAAAUCUGGUUUGAGGGCCCUCCCGUUGUUCCCCCGACGAGUGAGAACCCCUAA